AAGAGUGAGAGUAUUAUAUGUGGUCCCACGCAACCCAUGUGCCCUCCUUCUGUCUCCACCAGCUCCUGCCGCUCAAUCAUUAGACCCCCCACCCCCAACCCAGACUCCCCUUGCCCUGUUCCCCCUCUUUCCCUCACCCUUUCCUCAAUUCUGAGUUUUUGUAAGGCUAUCCCAACUACAGUCUUUAUGUCGACGUCGGUAGAAGCUAACGGCGCUACACUUAGUUCACAUACGCAGCAGCAGCAACACUCUUCUGAUGCUGGCAAUAAUGGUGCUUUGGUAGUGAAGAAGCCGCCGGCAAAGGACCGUCAUAGCAAAGUCGAUGGACGAGGAAGGCGUAUAAGGAUGCCAAUUGUUUGUGCGGCUAGGGUUUUCCAGCUCACUCGCGAACUAGGUCAUAAGUCUGACGGUCAAACCAUUGAAUGGCUGCUGCGUCAAGCUGAACCCUCGAUUAUCGCCGCCACUGGUACCGGUACUAUCCCUGCUAGCUUUUCAACUCUCUCCGUUUCGCUGCGGAACUCUUCGGUUUCUUCUUCUGUUUCUGCUCCGCUUGAUUACAAGUUGUCAUCACAGCCGUCGAUUUCGCCGGCGCCGUUUUUGCUCGGGAAGCGUCUGCGGCCCGAGGAUGACGACGGGAGUGGGGACAAGGAUGACGCUAGUAACGGAGCUACGGUUGUGGGACCUACCGCUGGGUUUUGGGCUGUUCCAGCUAGGCCGGAUUUUGGCCAGGUUUGGAGCUUUGCGCCGCCUCCUCCGCCGGAGAUGGUGGCGCCGACACAUUCAUCGGCAGCGAGAUUUCUUCAGCAACAAAUGGGAGAGGAGUCGGCUGCUAGAUUAGGGAAUUACUUUCCUAUAGCUCAAGGGCACCUGAAUUUGUUAGCUUCUCUAUCGGGUUCCGCACCGCCCUCUUCUGGGAGAAGAGACGAUGACGGAAACUGAAGAUAUGAAGUAUUUUCUGUUGAUGAUAUGUAUAAAUGUGUAUUGUUGUUUCCGUAGACGUGACAUUGUUGUUAAAGUCUUUAGGGGUUAGGGUAGUGUAGCGAGUGAGAAAUGGAGCUAGUUUCUGUGCAAUUUGUUGAAUUAUUGCUAGUAUUAGAGUGUUUGCUUCGUUGCAUUUGUUAGGGUUUCAAUUCUUAAGAAAAGACACAAGAAUCAAGGGAGUUGCUUGUGUUGAAUUUGGUGGGGAUACCAGUAUAGGCACAUAACUCUAAAUAAGUGCUUGACCAUUUCGGUAAUGGAGAGUGGAGAAGAUAACUGUUUGGUGUGUGGACUACCAAAACCUGUAGUUCCACAUGAAUGUUUUGUAAUGAAACCGUGGAGGUUUCUGAUGAAUUGAAUUCUGUAAUUUGUUGAAACUGUCAGCGUGAGGUAAUCUUUCAGAUUCAAAAGAGUGCUAUGGGACUUUGUUCAGAUACAUUCUGUUUCUUGAUUAGAUGAUCUUUUUGUGUGUGUGAAGGUUCACUUGCCCCUGAUCAAGUGAUACAUGAAAAGGUGUAAAAUGAAGCACUGUAAUUAAUAUUUUCAGGAGUCUUGAUUGAACAUGUUUAAUGCUUUUGAUGUCGAUUA